ACGUGCAAGAGGAAAGAUUUCGUGAGGAGUCGCGAACAAUUUUUCUGCACGAACAAAACACAUUUUCUUCGUAAAAUCUCAAGACACCGCUUUUUAAACACAUCCAGAAACAAUGGUGAAGCUAGAGAAGAAGAGUCCUAAGGCUGCGGCACCAAAGGCCAAAGGUCAGGCCAAGAAGGGGAAGGCCAGGCCUGUGAAAGUAGUAGAGGAGGAGGAGUCAGAGGAGAGCAGUGAGGAGGAGGAGGAGGAGAUGGAGGUCCAGACGACAAAGGCACAGCCUGCCAAAGGCAAGGUUGUAGCUGAGGCGAGCGAUGAGGAGGAGGAAGAGGACAGUGAUGAUGAUGAGGAAGAUGAUGAUGAUGAUGAAGAAGAAGAAGACAGUGAUGAAGAAGAGGAGGAUGACAGUGAGGAAAGCGAGGUAGAAGGUCAGAACGGGAAGACAACAGCAGCUAAGGGAAAGGAGGAGGAGGAAGACAGUGAUGAUGAGGAUGAUGAGGAUGAUGAUGACAGUGAGGAGGAGGAAGAUGAAGAUGAGGAAGAGGCCCCAAAAGCUGCCACCAAACGUAAGGCAGAGACCAAGGCAGCUGUCCCAGCAAAGAAGGCUAAAGCAGAAGAAGAAGAUGAAGAGGACAGUGAUGAUGAUGAUGACGAUGAUGAUGAUGAUGAGGAGGAAAGUGAUGAUGAAGAGGAAGAUGAAGAUGAAGAUGAGGACAGUGAUGAGGAGGAGGAUGAGGAGGAAGAUGAGGAGGAGGAAACUCCUCAGCUUGGCAAGAGGAAGGCCAAGGGUGCUGUGAAGGAGGAGUCCCCAGCCAAGAAGGCAAAAGUUGAAGGUGAACAGUCUACCCUGUUUGUCGGAAACCUGACUGAGAAAGUCACAGAAGAAAAACUGCGCAAGUUCUUCAAGAAGAAGGGUCUGGAGGUCUUGGAUCUUCGUUACCUCACAAAGUCUUCAGGUGUAAGUUUGGCGUACGUGGACGUACCGGCCGCUGAGGAAGCCACUGCGCUGGAAUUGAACGGAGCAACAGUCGCAGGGACGGAACUGAAGGUUGAGAAGGCAAAGAGCAAGAAACAGGAACCUAAAAGCCCAAAGAGCCCGGGUCAAAAUCAGAGCUUUGGGAGCGACGGUGACAGAGAUGCGCGGACCCUCUUCCUAAGGAAUCUGUCAUAUGACUCCACAAAGGAGAGCAUCAUGGAAGUGUUCACCGACGCAGUGGACGUCCGUAUCCCGAUAUUCAAGGACAGUGGCAGACCGAAGGGGAUUGCGUUUGUGGAGUUUGAGAGCGAGGCUAAAGUGGAGGAGGUGAAGUCUUCCAUGGACGGAGUGGACGUUGAUGGACCGGAGUGUUGGGAUGGAUUAUGUCGUUCCAAGGCACAGUUCACUGGAAGGCUCAAGGGCAAGAGUCCAGGAGGGGGAUUUGGGGCACCAGCCACCCCCAGUAAGACCCUGGUGGUGAAGAACCUGUCCUACGACACCACGUCCGAGAGUCUGAAGGAAGCGUUCGAGGGGAGCAAGGACGCACGGGUCAUCAUGAAGCCGGGGACUGACCGCUCAAGAGGGUUCGGUUAUGUUGACUUUGAGUCAGAGGAUGCAGCCAAAGAAGCAAUGGACAGCAUGAACCAGUCUGAACUGGAUGGCAGGACCAUCAACGUGGAGUUCGGCAUGAGUCGCAGCGGCGGUGGAGGCGGCGGCGGAGGUUUCGGAUCUCCAGCGCAGGCCAGCAAGACACUGAUCGCAAAGAAUCUGUCGUACGACACAGGAGAGGACGACCUUCAGCAGGCGUUCGAGGGAUGCAUCAGCGCUCGUGUCAUCACAGACAGGGAGACGGGCAGAUCUAAAGGGUUUGGCUACAUUGACUUUGAUUCUGAGGACGCAGCGAAGGAAGCCCUGAAGAACAUGGAUGGGCAGGAUGUCGGCGGGCGUGGCAUCCGGCUGGACUUCGCCCUCCCUCGGGGAGAGGGUGGUGGACGAGGUAUGGAACUGGGAUGUGCCCCUGGCCUGUACGUGUUCCGUUGUAGAAGGGUUCGAUAUCGUUGUCAGGUGCCCCUGGCCUGGCUACUCCUGACCUGUACAGCAGCCAGGUGUGGUAUGAAACUGCAGUACGGCUAUCAUGGUAGUCCAACAGCAGUACACCAACAGUGGUACACCCUCCCAACUGCGGUGGUACACCAGCCCUGGUACGCUAACCGUGGUACACCUGCGGUGGUAGUCCCACCUCCCAGAGUGUCUGCUAUACUGGGCAGUACACGAGGUGGAUUUGGGCGUGGAGGAGGCAGAGGGGGCCGCGGUGGUUUUGGCGGUGGUGGUGGCGGUUUCCGAGGCGGCCGUGGCCGUGGAGGUGGAGGAGGUUUCCGUGGAGGUCGGGGUGGCCGAGGUGGGGGUCGCGGCGGGGGAAGAGGUGGCUUCCAGAAGAGGGAGGGCAUCAAAGCGUUCGAGGGGAAGAAGAAGACGUUUGACGACUGCAGAGACAUGGAGCAGGAAAGGAGCCCUGGUCAAAACUUUGGGAAUGACAGUACCAGAGAUGCACGGAGCCUCUUUCUGAAGAACCUGUCAUACGAUUCCACAGUAGAGAGCGUCAUGGAGGUGUUUACCGACGCGGUGGACGUUCGUAUCCCGGUAUAUAAGGACAGUGGCAGGUCAAAGGGGAUUGCGUAUUUGGAGUUUGAGAGCGAGGCUAAAGUCGAGGAGGUGAAGUCUACGAUGGACGGAGUGGAGGUUGACGGGCGGAGUGUGGUCAUGGACUAUGUCGGCGCCAAGGCACAGUUCACUGGGAGACCUCAACAGGGUUCAGGAAGGGGACCAGGCACUCCCAGUAAGACCCUGGUUGUGAGGAACCUGUCCUGGGACACCACGUCCGAGGGUCUAAUGCAAGCGUUCGAGGGGAGCCUGGACGCACGGGUCAUCAUGAAGCCUGGAACUGACCGCUCCAGGGGGUUCGGUUAUGUUGACUUUGAGUCGGAGGAGGCAGCCAAAGAAGCGAUGGACGACAUGAACCAGUCUGAACUGGACGGGAGGACCAUCAACGUGGAGUUCGGCACGGGUCGCAGAGGUGGCGGCGGUGGUGGUGGCGGUGGUUAUGGAUCCCAUUUGCAGGCCAGCAAGACGCUGAUUGUAAAGAAUCUGUCAUACGACACGGGCGAGGAUGAUCUCUUGGAGGCGUUCGAGGGUUGCAUCGACGCUCGUGUCGUCACAGACAGGGAGUCACGCAGAUCUAAAGGGUUUGGCUAUAUUGACUUUGAUUCUGAGGACGCAGCGAAGGAAGCCCUGAAGAACAUGGACGGGAUGGAACUUGAUGGGCGUGGCAUCCGGCUGGACUUUGCCACCCCUCGGGGAGAGGGUGGCGGACGAGGCGGUUUCAGAGGCAGCCGUGGCCGUGGAGGAGGUUUCCGUGGAGGUCGGGGUGGCCGAGGUGGGGGUCGCAGAGGUGGCUUCAAUUAGAGGGAAGGCAUCAAGGUCUUCGAGGGGAAGAAGAAAACGUUUGAUGACUACAGGACAAAGGAAAUUUAGUGAUAUUUUGUUCGCAUGCAAACUUGUUCCAAUGUGGAAUUAUUGAAUAUACCAUCCAGGUUUGGACAAGUUUUCUAAAAUUCACGUCUUGUCCUAUCGGGCAAGCACAUAAAACAUUUACUUCCCCAAACCAAUUUUUCACUUGCCCAAAAUUAAAAUGUCAGUUUUAUAAGAAUUACACAUUUUUGCCUCCAGCAAUGGAGUUUUCACUAUUUCCUCUGUAAGUCCAUCCACGAUGUCAGACACAUUUUGAAUGAAAUCACAUUGAAAUUUUAAAUUCUUGAUGAGGUUAUCAGGACUGUUGUUAAGAUGAGGGUUGUCGAUUGAUUCAUGCCACUGUAGUCAAACUUGUCCUGAGCAACGGCUCAAGAGACUGAGCAAAGAUGGUUAUGCUGAGGACAGUUGGUUGCUCCCGACAAAUUUGUUGGUUUGCCAAAAAGACAUGAAUGAUUUAAUUUACAUUUGCAUGAUGUCCACCUUUAAGUUAGUUCCCUGGAAACUUAUCUACAAGAAAUGUACACAGUUUUUAAUCUCCAUGCUCUCAUGUAAACAAAUUUCAAGAAACCAUUGUUUUGCCUGUGCUGAUAUCUAAGUAAUGUUAGUGUCAAAAUUCACAGAACUUAGUGAGGCCCAGGUACAUCUGCUUGGUUGUAUCAAUAUAAACUAUGUAGUGUCCAAACAUUUUCCAGAACGAAGUACUUUUGUACAAUACGUUCUAUGGACAUUAUAAAGUCAUAUCGCUUUGAGUUUUACUGAUAUUAUCAGUAAGUUUGGGGUCAAGGUUCCUUGUACAAGGUUUGUUUUUUUCUUUCUAGAUACUAGUAGUGAAUAAUCGAUAUGUAUUUUGGAAAGAAAUACAAAAUAAAGUGCUUUUACGUACUAUAUAA